AUGCCUGGUGACCAGUCAAAAACGUUAGAGUUGUUCUCGCAAGAGCAGUUUGCAAAACACGGGAAUGCAGAUGAUUGCUGGGUUACCGUUUCGAAGAGAAAGAUCUACGACGUGAGCAAGUUCCUCAAAGAGAAUCCAGAAAGUGCAAAUCUUUUGUUGCAGCACGCCGGUACCGAUAUUAGUAGCGUACUGGAGGAGCAGAAUGAUUUGAAAGACUUGGAGAAAUUGCUAGAUGAAAAGUAUUUGGUGGGGUAUCUUGCUACAAUGGAGGAAGAAAAGAAGCUUUUAAGCAACCCUGAUCAUAAGGUCGAAGUGAAGUUAACCAAAAAUGAUGGUGAUAACUUUGAUUCUACGACUUUUGUACCAAAGUUGCCAACUGAAGAUAAGUUGAGUAUUGCCACUGAUUAUUCUCAGGAUUUCAAAAAGCACCACUUUUUGGACUUAAACAAGCCUUUAUUGCCACAGGUGAUGUUUGGCACGUAUACGAGAGAUUUCUAUGUGGACCAGAUUCAUAGACCAAGACAUUAUGGUCAAAAAUCAGCUCCUUUAUUCGGAAACUUCUUAGAACCAAUUUCAAAGACCUCCUGGUAUGUUAUUCCGCUUGUUUGGGGACCUGUCGUGAUUUAUCACUUCAGCGUGGCUCUGAAACAUAUGAAUCCCAUUUUUUGCGUCUUCUUCUUCGGCCUUGGUUUGUUCGUGUGGACUUUAAUCGAGUACGGCUUGCAUAGGUUUUUGUUUCAUUUGGAUGACAUCCUACCGCAGCACAACAUUUUCUAUACGUUGCACUUCUUACUUCACGGUGUCCACCACUAUUUGCCUAUGGACAAAUACCGUUUGGUCAUGCCACCAACACUAUUUUUGGUUCUUUGUACCCCAUUCUACAAGUUAGUCUUUGGAUUGCUACCAUUGUAUGUUGCCUAUGCCGGUUUUGCUGGUGGUUUAUUCGGUUAUGUUUGUUACGAUCUUACACAUUAUUUCCUCCAUCAUUCCAAAUUACCUCGAUUUGCUCGUAAAUUGAAGAAAUACCACCUGGAGCACCACUACAAAAACUACCAAUUGGGAUUUGGCGUUACCUCCUGGUUUUGGGAUAAAGUUUUUGGCACUUACCUAGGCCCAAGCUCACCAAUAUCGCAGAUGAAAUACGAGUAA